CUUUCUUGUGGUUUGGACAGUGUGAAAUGGACACUGGCAAAAAUUCAAGUAACGAACAGAAAAAUAAUCAGUCUGUCGAAAAUGAAAAAGCAAAUGACAAAGAUGCAAUGGAUUCAAUUGACGGAAGCGUUCCGACUGAGAAUAAGGAGAAGUCUGAUCGUUUAGGAACGCAUAAGAAUGGAACAAGCGUUGACAUACAUCCAAUAAAGACUGAGAAGAGUAUAAAAAUUGACAAACCCCAAGACAUAAACGACAAAGUGGAACAGAGAAAUGAUCAGUCUGUUCAAAAUGAGAAUGCAAAAGAAAACGAUGCUAAAGAUUCAACUGGAGAAAACGUCUCGGCUGCAAAUAAGGACUCGUCUGAACAUUCGGGAUCGCAAGAAGAAACGAGUAACAAGAUGACUCAAACUGACAAACUCUUUGAAAUUGGCUCUGAACUAAAAAACAAAAGUGAGCAGGGAAAUGAUCAGUCUAAUAAAGUUAGAAAAUUAAAAGACCAAGAUGUAAAAGAAAAAAGCGUCCCGUCUAAGAAUAAGGAUUUAGAUUCAUUCAAAGAAAGUGGAAAAAGUAUUCCAGAUUCUGAGGGAACAACUGUCGACCAACCCCGGGAAGAGAUUGACAAGAAACCUAAAGCUGAAUCGGACAACUCCGAGUUAAACGUUAAAGAAUAUGAAAAAUUAAAGCAAAAGAUACAACAUUUAGAGGAAAUGUUAAAGGAAAGAGACAUUUUAAUACAGGAUCUGGUCCAGGAGAAGAAACAUAGUCAAUCGCAGUCAAAAUCUAGUAUACUUAACCGUUUUUUUAAACCAAAAGAAAGUAAGUAGUUUUGAA